AUGAUGAGGCAACCAAGGCAGUACAAAAUGAAGAAAAACUAAGCAUGUAUGAGAUAUACAUUGCUCGUGCUGCUGAGAUAUUUGGUGUCCCUAAAACAAGAGAAAUCUAUGAGCAGGCCAUAGAGUCUGGUCUUCCAGAUAAAGAUGUGAAGACAAUGUGUUUGAAAUAUGCAGAGCUAGAAAAGAGCUUGGGAGAAAUUGACCGAGCUAGGGGAAUAUAUGUGUUUGCAUCUCAAUUUGCAGAUCCACGCACUGAUGGUGAUUUUUGGAAUAAGUGGCAUGAGUUUGAGGUUCAGCAUGGAAAUGAAGAUACCUUCAGAGAAAUGCUGCGAAUCAAAAGAAGUGUUUCUGCAAGUUAUAGCCAGACACACUUCAUUCUGCCAGAGUACAUGAUGCAGAAGGAUCAGUCAUUGACCCUUGAUGAUGCAAAGGAUAAAUUGAAGCAGGCAGGUGUCCUGGAAGAUGAGAUGGCUGCUCUUGAGAGGCAAUUGGCCCCUGCAUCCAAAAAUGUCAAUUCUAAAGACAGCAGCAGAAAAGUGGGGUUUGUGAGUGCUGGGGUGGAGUCCCAGACUGAUGGAGGGAUCAAACCAGUUGCCACCGAAGACAUUGAUCUGCCAGAAGAAAGUGAUUCUGAAGAUGAAGAAAGAGUUGAAAUUGCCCAGAAAGAUGUUCCUACUGCUGUAUUUGGAGGUCUUGUCAGGAAGAGAGACGAUGGUGACAGAGAUGCGGAUGAUGAUACUGUACCAGCCAAAGAUAGGGAAAGUGAGAGUCGUCUAGGAGCCCUUGACAGAAUAAAGAGGCAGAAAAAAACUUGAUUUUAGUUACUAACCUUGUCUAAUUUUGAUUGCUGAUAUAUUUUGUUCAUUUACGACGCAUGUACCCUUUAAGCAUUUCUAACAUGCAUUAAGCUAGUGCCUGCCUGAAUAUACCGAGAUUAUGAGUAAUUCCAAUUCUUGUGAUUAUUGCCACUGCAGCCAAAGUGCUGAACUUGGCCCUUGUUUUUCUUCAGCUCCUACGUCUACUUAAGAAAAAUAACCAGCUAUUUUGUACUUGCUCCUGGAAUAUCACAAUCCUUACUCAUUGAAGAUAAUUUUUGCUGGUGAAGUAAAUGCAUUAAUUCCAAUUUGGUGCAAUUUUCACGUUCUCUACCUAUUUUUAUACAAUAAGAGAUGAUGAAAGAACGAUAAAAGAACAAACACAAAAUUUUGCUGGAAGAGCCAAGUAGAAAUUCUACUACGUAAAGAAAUGGAUACAAUUGCUAAAAUCUCGUCCCUAGCUUCGAUAGGAGCUUCCCAAUACACCCUAUCUCACAACGCUCUUUUGUACUCAAUAGCAAAUGCAUCCAUUAUUGCAAUCAAAAUUCAAGACAGCAUUAGCAAGUUUAACUUGGCCUUCCACAUUUCACGUCUGUUGGUUAGCAACUAAUUUGACAGAAUAUGGCACUUGAUCGCCUUAAAUAUUUAUGCAUCUUCCACUUUGCAUUGAUUGAUCCUCGAUGAAAUUUCUUCACUUCGGCGACUUGCCAUGUCAUCCCUGGGCUGCUAGCAAAAAUGACACUGCUGGUGUUGGCUGAAUUAUCAGGAGAGAUGCGACCUAUGUUGGAAAGUGGGUUCAAAUCUCUUCAUCACCAUUUCAAGACAAAAAACUUAUUGAGCAAACCAGGUUUGCCGCCACUGGGUCUCCAAUACUAUACCAUUGAUCUCCAUGGUUAGCUACUGGUUGUCAUGGUUGACUCUCUCUGUUUUCAUCUUGAAUUCCCUGCUGUUCAUUUGUUAAAACA